AUGCCCCGGCCGAAAUUCAUCGAGAUCCCUUCCAAUGACUCUCGGGCCAGUAGUUCGCUUUCCAAGCAUUCCCACCUUUCACCCCGAAUCCAACACUUCGACGGUGAUGUCCCUCCAGCCCUCUCGCCGCUGGACGCCAUCGCGGCGAGAAGCCGCAGACUCGCCAAAGAGUUGGAAGAAACUAGAAGAGCAGGUGAAAGGCGCAUGAGCAGACUCCCGCCUCAGGUGGUUACUGAAUCCCUGACCGAACAUCACAACUCCCGUCCUCCUAUUUUUCGUGCCUUGUCUGACGGCCUGGACGUGGUACCUCCUCUGCCAACGGUCGAAAAAGACGGAAGAGCCGGCAGUUUUCCCAAACUUGCGACUCCCCUGAAUCGGCCCACAUCGCAACAUGUUCGCAUGAGUGCUAUCAUGAAGAAAGAGGAAGACCAACGAAAUCAAGAACCAAUUCCCCAAGGAGACUACUUUGGCGCUCCCCGGGCACAUUCGCCCACCCCUUUGGAGGGACCACGUCCCUUUUCUUCGCAAAUCCUGGGGAGUCCGUCUUCGAAUCCUGAGUUGGGCUCUCGACAGCUAUCAGACAAGCCUCGACCAGACCGGCUUCCAAACUUGGCACCACCGCGAUCCCAUUCCGACCGUUUGCGCCCGUAUCAAGAUGCCUCCGAUGACGACUAUACCAGUUCCACUGCGGGCUCGACCUUUUCACCAUCACGAAAACUGUCUUCCAGCAGUGGAGUGUCUGUUCCUCAGUCCCCAGUUUCAACGUACGCAUAUUCCCACGGUCGCUCUCCUUCCAACGUUUCUCUCGGCUCGCCAUCUCGAUCUCAUUUUACGCCUAACUUUUCCCGGCCGUUGAGUUCGUCUAGUAUGAGCAACAUUCAGGCUGAAAAGAGUCCAAGCAAAGGUCCGUGGGCUGCACAGAUGAGUCACUUGCGAACGGCAAGCUCUUUCGACGAGUCUAGACUACCCCAGGGGUACAUCUCAGGAGAGGCAUCAUCCUACACCCACGCGACAUACAGUUUGCCUCGAGGUCGAAAGAUCUCCGGCCGGCAUUCGGGGGUGUUUUCUGGCUUUUCCAAGCCACACUUUGAAUGGCAAGAACCCAUCUUUCCGGGCACACCCCCGUUGGAGGGCAAGAGUAGCAGCGAUCUUGCUGUUCCAUCCCCCAUGGUGUCUGCCCGAUCCAGCCGAGAAGACCAGCACCACCAAGAAAGAUCGGGGUAUUCCUUUGACAAUGACGCCGAACGAUUGCUCGUUUCACCACCCGGAUCCGGUCGACCUUCCACCUCAUAUACACCGACCGGGUCCCUCAAAUCCCACGAUUCGUCCACCCAAAGGCCGUCGACCGGAGAAGCGCCCUCUGCGGCUGCAUUUAUGAUACCGCCCGUGCCUCUGUCGCCUGUCGCAGAAGCGUCGCACUAUUCUUCUAGAUCUAAUAGUACUGUUCGACCUACCACGGCUCGGACGGUGAGCAACUACCAAGCUUUGUCUGCGGAGGAACAUGUGACGAAAGCCAUAGAACUUCACGAGCAUGGAGACCUGAAAGAAUCCACCUACCAUCUACGAAUCGCCGCCCACAAAGGCCACGCGACCGGAAUGCUGUUGUAUGCCUUGGCCUGUCGUCACGGCUGGGGAAUGCGGGCAAACCAAAAGGAAGGUGUCCAAUGGCUCCGUAGAGCUGUGGAUUCGGCCAUGCUGGAAAUCGCAGACGAUGAAAACCCUGCCAGUCGAAAGCCCGGGACGGAUUUCAAUGACACAAAGACGCAUCGGGCACAGUUCGCCUUGAGUAUCUAUGAACUCGGAGUGUCUCACCUUAAUGGGUGGGGCGUGGAGCAGGACAAGGCGCUGGCUCUCAGAUGUUUCGAGGUUGCCGCAAAUUGGGGCGAUGUAGAUGCGUUGACCGAGGCCGGCUUCUGUUAUGCCGAGGGGAUUGGCUGCAAGAAAGAUUUGAAGAAGGCGGCCAAGUUCUAUCGACUGGCAGAGGCACAGGGUGUCAGCAUGGUGGGCAACAGUUGGAUCCACAAGGACAAAUACAACGACCUUGAUGACGAGGGUGUAAGUCGGUCCCGAUCUACGAAAAAGACCAUGUCGGACAAGCCACGUAGCAAAUCCAAGUCGCGCGGUAUCUUUGGGAGAAAGAAGUCGGUGGCGGCAUAG